AUGAAAGAACUCAUUGGUAUACUUCGUGUCUUCGACGACGGCCGAUACGAGAGAAUUGAAGUUCACACUAUUGUUCCCGCCGGCAUCGAUCCUUCCACCGGCGUGAAUUCUAAAGACGCCGUGUAUUCACCGGAAACCAACAAAUCCGCUAGACUUUUCCUUCCAAAAACCGCAACCCCCAACCAUAAACUCCCGCUUUUAAUCUUCUAUCACGGCGGAGGAUUCGUUGAUGAAUCUCCUUUCGACACGACUUACCAUGACUUCCUGAACCUCGUCGUCUCAGAUUCCAACGUCAUCGCCGUCUCCGUCGACUACAGACUCGCGCCAGAGUUUCCUGUCCCGAUCGCCCACGAAGACUGCUGGGAAGCGAUCAAGUGGGUGGCGCAGCAUGCUAAUGGGAAGGGUCCGGAGCCAUGGUUGAACGAAUACGCAGAUCUUCAAAACAUCUUUCUCGCCGGCGACAGUGCUGGAGGUAACCUAACCCACAACAUGGCCGUUCGUAUCGGGUUGGAUACCCCUGCCGGUUUACUGUUCCGGGGUGCUAUCUUGCUCCACCCGUAUUUCUGGGGAACAGAACGGGUGGGUACCGAAGCCGACUGGAUGUCACCCGAAUUAAUCGAUAGUUUGAAUGAAUUAAUGACUCUGGCUUACCCAGGAAGAUCCGGGAUGGAUGACCCGCUGAUCAACCCAGCUAUGGAGCCAAACAUAGCGGGAAAUGUAGAAGUCGUGGAGGACAACGAGGAGAGCCAUGUUUUUUUCUUGAAGAAGCCUACCUCUAAAAAUGCUGUUACUUUGCGCAAUCGAAUCUCCGCAUUUAUCAACAGCUAG